AUGACGUACAGCAUGCGCGCCCAGGAGGCCUCCGUGGCCGCCGCCGCCGCCGACGCCGAGGGCGCCGCGUCGCAGUGCAGGAUCCUCAUGCGGGGCCCCCAGGGGGAGGCCGUGAAGGAGCACGCGCUGCAGGGCGGCGAGUCGGAGGGCGCGCUGGCCCACAUGACACAGGAGGACGGCUCGUACAGCAUUUGCGUGCGGUGCGACAUCCCCGAGAAGGAGAAGUGGUCCCACUUCAUCUCGCCGACCCGCAAGAUGAAGUGGUCCAUCGCCUUCGAGGUGCUGGGCGCCGAGUUCAGCCGCGUGGACCCCGCGAUUGCCGCGAAGAUGGCCAGGAUGUCGCACCUGAAGGGCCCCCAGGCCGCGCUGGAGUCGGCGCUGGAGAGGCUGGCGGCGCUGGAGAGUGAGAGCGCCUACGAGAAGGAGUUCGAGGCCACCGUGGGGGUAGUUCGCGAUGCAAAGUUCAUUCCCAGCACGGCAGUGGUCUUGGAUGAGGGCCUCCAGGUGCACAUGGCGGACAUUAAAGCGUUGGAGUUGCUCAACGUGCAUACGUUGUCCAAGGCUUGCAACAAGCAACAAUGCAAGAGCCUGAAUAUGUCCAGCCCGCCAGCUCGCAGUCUUAGAGGGCUAGACUUCGCUACGACCCCUCCUCAAGCACCACAGUAA